UUGGUCCAACGAAUCCGAAGAGACGCUUCACAACCCAGCAGACUCCUGUGAUGUGAAGAUGAAGCUGAACAUCUUCCUCUGGCUCUCAGCUCUUCUCUCCAUCUUCCACCCUCAAUCAGAUGGUCGACCUGCUGAAGGUCCCUCCGGUCACCACCUGCUCCUUUCUCAGCCGCUGCUCCUCCGCCUGGGGGAGGAGCUUUCCCUGCAGCUGGAAGGAGGAGGUCGUGCUGUGGACAUCCCCUCCUCCUUAGAAGUCAAGAGGGCUCUGCUGCAGCUCUGGGCAGAGCAACAGGAUGAGGAGGCAAAGAAGAAGAUGAAGAGGUCUGAAGAACCUCCCCUAUCUUUGGAUUUGACAUUCCAUCUCCUCAGAGAAGUUCUGGAGAUGGCCCGGGCUGAGCAGCUGGCCCAGCAGGCUGACAGUAACCGUAAGAUGAUGGACAGCUUUGGAAAAUGAUCCAAACCUUCAUGUUUGUUCUGCAGGAUUCUCAGAUAUCUAACAGAACUACAACUAAGACCAGAAUAUUUCUUACACUGAACUUUUAUCGAUUUCACUGCAUGGAGAGGUUCUGUCUAACCCUCUGAUCUGUCAUCAAUAAAUUAAUAAUAAGAUGAAA